AUGGCCACUCAAAAAGCUGUUAUCGUCGUUGAGCCCAAGAAGGACGGUCUGGUCACUGACCGGCCCAUUCCCACUCUUCGCGAUGACUAUAUUCUCGUCAAGACCGUCAGCGUCGGCUUGAACCCUACCGACUGGAAGCACGUCGCCUACCUUUCUCCCCCAGGAGUUCUGGUUGGCUGUGACUACGCCGGCGUGGUCGAGGCCGUCGGCAAGGACGUGAAGAAGUCAUUCAAGAAGGGAGACCGUGUCUGCGGCUUUGUCCACGGCGGCAAUGCCGUCCAGCCUGAAGACGGUGCUUUUGCCGAGUACAUCGUGGCCAAGGGCGAUCUGCAGAUGAAGAUUCCCGAGAACAUGAGCUUCCAGGAGGCUGCUACCCUUGGUGUCGGCAUCAUCACCGUCGGCCAGGGUCUUUACCAGAGCCUGAAGCUGGCUUAUCCCACCGAGCCUAUCAAGGACGCUACACCAAUUCUCAUCUACGGCGGCUCGACCGCCACUGGUACCCUGGCUAUUCAAUUCGCCAAGCUGUCCGGCUACAAGGUGAUCACCACCUGCUCCCCACGCAACUUCGAUCUCGUCCGCAGCCUCGGCGCCGAUGCCGUCUUCGAUUACAAGGAUCCCCAGUCCCCCGCUGAGAUCCGCAAGCAAACCGACAACAAGCUCAAGCUUGCCUUCGAUUGUAUCUCUGUCGAGGCUAGCGCCAAGUUCGUCGAGGGAGCCAUUUCCACCGAGGGUGGUGAUCACAGUACUCUUCUGAGUAUCAAGACGGAGCGUGAGAACAUCAACAGCCGCCUCACUCUUGGCUACACUGCCGUUGGCGAGGCUUUCAAGUUUGGAGAUAUUCCUUUCCCCGCCAAGCCAGAGGAUCGGGCAUUUGCCGAGAAGUGGAUUGCCAUUGCUGAGCCUAUUCUCGCCCAAGGAAAGAUCAAGGUUCACAAGCCUAAUGUGGGCAAGGAUGGAUUGAAGGGUGUUUUGGAGGGGCUGCAGCUGUUGAAGGAGGAUAAGGUCAGCGGAGAGAAGCUGGUCUACAAUGUGUCCGAGACCCCAUGA